AUUAUUAAGAAGGAAAAAAGAUAGAACUUCUACUCGUUAUCUGUAUCAGACAGGGCCUUAAGCAUACAGGAAGUGUGUAUGCCUGUGUGUGGGGAGUGCAUGAGCAGCCAAAAGAGGACUGGGGUGUGAGCGUGUGUGUAGUGUAAUGGGAUCCUCUGUGUGUGUUGUGAAAAAGGUCCUAGUGUGGCCAUGUGCAGAGCACAGAGGUGGAAUUCUGGAAGCACUGAGAAUAAUCUUGAGGUAGAGUGAAACAUUUAUUACAGAAAUGUAUGGAGACCCAGCAGGAAAUGAAUUAUAAUUAAGACCCUGUAAGCUUUUCCUAACCUUUCAACUAUGGAUUAGAAAUUCCUUUGAGCAUCUGUACUUGUUUUUGCAGAAAUCCUGUUAUUUUUGCAUCUAAUUCCUAGUCUUUGUAAGAUAUAGAAGGACAAGGCCUCAUCUGUGUGUAUUGUAUUACUGGUUCCAAUCCUGGGACCAAAAUAGAGGAGAAAGACUAUGAUUCAGCACCAAGGGCAGAGCUAGUAGCAGUAGCCACUGGGUUCCUUUUUUGCUUGAAGAGGGAAGAAAAAUGGUUCAGAUAAAGCAGUUGGAACGUAGAUAUUCUUCAUUUGAGAUUGCACAGGGUAGAGUAGCCAGCUUUUGUUAUUGCCUGAGAGCGAUUAACUAUACAGUCUAUAUGCUAGUUUCACAUCAAGCUGAAUGCAGAAUAUUGGGACAGAAUAAAUUGGUUUCCAUGUAGAGCUAGGAGCACAGAUGAGUGCUGAUUAGAGAGUCUGGUUUGACCCUGAUCUCCCCUGGAGCAGAAAAUGACUUAAUUUUUGUUAUCAUAAUGACUGAGUCCAGAUUAGACUAACUGGGUCUGUUUUUCAGAAACAGAGCACCAGGGGCAAGGCUGAGAAUGAACUGGUUUGUAGGGAUGGGGAGAUGAGCCAUUAUUAAUCCUUCUUCUCAUUUGACUCUGUGAGCUCGUAAGCCUAGACCAAACUCUAGGCUGGGAAAAGUGUCAGGUUCUUCUAUCUUUAGUACUGAAUGGAAGACCUUCUGACCUGUGCCCUGGGCUGGGAUGAAGCUGGCAGGGCUGGGUCCCUUCAGCACAGCAAUGGAUCUUAUCAGUACUUUUUCCUAUUAGACUUGGAUUUUCAGAUAAUAACAGAAUUCCUCCUGGGAAUGCUGACUCCUUGCUUGGUGCCUUGAAGUUUCUCUGCGAUGAACUAAUGCAUUGGAACCAUGGUGCAAAAGAAGAAGUUCUGUCCUCGGUUACUUGAUUAUCUAGUGAUCGUAGGCGCCAGGCACCCAAGCAGUGACAGUGUGGCCCAGACUCCUGAACUGCUUCGGCGGUACCCAUUAGAGGAUCACGUUGAGUUUCCCCUGCCUCCAGAUGUAGUGUUCUUCUGCCAGCCAGAAGGCUGUCUGAGUGUGCGGCAGCGACGCAUGAGCCUGCGGGAUGACACCUCUUUUGUCUUCACCCUCACCGACAAGGACACCGGAGUCACACGUUAUGGCAUCUGUGUUAACUUCUACCGCUCCUUCCAGAAGCGAAUGCCUAAGGAAAAGGGGGAAGCUGGGGCAGGGUCCCGUGGGAAGGAAGGACCCCGGGCCACCUCUGCCUCAGAAGAGGUUGGCACUGAGAGCUCAGAGAGUGGCUCGUCCCUGCAGCCUCCCAGCACCGACUCCACCCCCGAUGUGAACCAGUCUCCACGUGGUGGAAAACGCCGGGCCAAGGCAGGAAGCCGCUCCCGCAACAGUACUCUGACAUCCCUCUGUGUGAUCAGCCACUACCCCUUCUUCUCCACCUUCAGAGAAUGUCUUUAUACCCUCAAACGUCUGGUGGACUGCUGCAGUGAGCGACUGCUGGGCAAGAAGCUGGGUAUCCCGCGAGGCAUACAAAGGGACACCAUGUGGCGUAUCUUCACUGGAUCAUUGCUGGUAGAGGAGAAGUCAAGUGCCCUUCUGCACGACCUUCGAGAGAUUGAGGCCUGGAUUUAUCGAUUGCUGCGUUCCCCAGUCCCCGUCUCUGGGCAGAAGCGAGUAGACAUUGAGGUCCUGCCCCAGGAGCUCCAGCAAGCUCUAACCUUUGCCCUUCCAGACCCCUCUCGAUUCACCCUGGUGGAUUUCCCACUGCACCUUCCCUUGGAACUUCUGGGCGUGGAUGCCUGCCUUCAGGUGCUAACCUGCAUCCUGUUAGAGCACAAGGUGGUGCUACAGUCCCGAGACUACAAUGCACUCUCCAUGUCUGUGAUGGCAUUUGUGGCAAUGAUCUAUCCCCUGGAGUAUAUGUUUCCUGUUAUCCCACUGCUGCCCACCUGCAUGGCAUCGGCAGAGCAGCUGCUCUUGGCUCCAACCCCGUACAUCAUUGGGGUCCCUGCCAGCUUCUUCCUCUACAAACUGGACUUCAAAAUGCCUGAUGACGUAUGGCUGGUGGAUCUGGACAGUAGUAGGGUGAUCGCCCCCACUAAUGCAGAAGUGUUACCUGUCCUGCCAGAACCAGAAUCACUAGAGUUGAAAAAACAUUUAAAGCAGGCCCUCGCCAGCAUGAGCCUCAACACCCAGCCAAUCCUCAAUCUGGAAAAAUUCCACGAGGGCCAGGAGAUCCCCCUUCUCUUUGGACGGCCUUCUAAUGACCUGCAGUCCACACCUUCCACUGAAUUCAAUCCACUCAUCUAUGGCAACGAUGUGGAUUCUGUAGAUGUCGCAACCAGAGUGGCCAUGGUCCGUUUCUUCAACUCCCCCAACGUGCUGCAGGGCUUUCAGAUGCACACACGUACCCUGCGUCUCUUCCCUCGGCCUGUGGUAGCUUUUCAAGCUGGCUCCUUCCUAGCCUCACGUCCCCGGCAGACUCCUUUUGCUGAGAAAUUGGCCAGGACUCAGGCUGUGGAGUACUUUGGGGAAUGGAUCCUUAACCCUACCAACUAUGCCUUUCAGCGAAUUCACAACAACAUGUUUGAUCCGGCCCUAAUUGGUGACAAGCCGAAGUGGUACGCUCAUCAGCUGCAGCCCAUCCACUACCGCGUCUACGAUAGCAAUUCCCAGCUGGCUGAGGCGCUGAGUGUGCCACCGGAGCGUGACUCCGACUCUGACCCUACUGAUGACAGUGGCAGUGAUAGUAUGGAUUAUGAUGACUCCAGCUCUUCUUACUCCUCCCUGGGUGACUUUGUUAGCGAAAUGAUGAAGUGUGACAUUAAUGGUGAUACUCCUAAUGUGGAUCCUCUGACACACGCGGCGCUGGGGGAUGCCAGUGAGGUGAAGAUUGAUGAGCUGCAGAGCCAGAAGGAUGCAGAGGAACCUGGCCCUGACAGCGAGAACUCUCAGGAACACGCCCCACAGCGCUCUAGCUCUAGCACCACGGCCAGCAGUAGCCCCAGCACCAUCAUCCACGGAGCCAGUUCUGAACCUGCUAACUCAACAGAGAUGGAUGAUAAAGCAGCAGUAGGUGCCUCUAAGCCCCUCCCUCCUGUGCCUCCCAGCCUCGGCAAAUCGAAUGUGGACAGGCGUCAGACAGAAACUGGAGAGGGGUCAGUGCGCCGGCGAACCUAUGACAACCCAUACUUCGAGCCCCAAUAUGGGUUUCCCCCUGAGGAUGAUGAUGAUGACCAGGGGGAAAGUUACACUCCCCGAAUCAUCCAGCAGGGCAGUGGCAAUCGGGCUCAAAAGCUGCUGCGGCCCAACAGCUUGAAACUGGCAAGCGACUCAGACGCAGAGUCAGACUCCCGAGCGAGCUCUCCCACCUCCACCAUCUCCAACAACAGCACCGAGAGCUUCGGGGGCAUCAUGUCUUUUGCCAGCAGCCUGUAUCGGAACCACAGUACAAGCUUCAGUCUUUCAAACCUCACGCUGCCCACCAAAGGUGCCCGGGAGAAGACCACGCCCUUCCCCAGUCUGAAAGUAUUUGGGCUAAAUACUCUAAUGGAGAUUGUUACUGAAGCCGGCCCCGGGAGUGGUGAAGGAAACAGGAGGGCCUUGGUGGACCAGAAGUCAUCUGUCAUCAAACACAGCCCAACAGUGAAGAGAGAACCUCCAUCACCCCAGGGCCGAUCCAGCAAUUCUAGUGAGAACCAGCAGUUCUUGAAGGAGGUGGUGCACAGUGUGCUGGAUGGCCAGGGAGUCGGCUGGCUCAACAUGAAGAAGGUGCGACGGCUACUGGAGAGUGAGCAGCUGCGGGUCUUUGUCCUGAGCAAGCUGAACCGCACAGUGCAGUCAGAGGACGAUGCCCGGCAGGACCUUAUCCCAGAUGUGGAGAUCAGUCGAAAGGUGUACAAGGGAAUGUUAGACCUGCUCAAGUGCACAGUGCUCAGCCUGGAGCAGUCCUAUGCCCAUUCAGGUCUGGGCGGCAUGGCGAGCAUCUUUGGGCUUUUGGAGAUCGCUCAGACCCACUACUAUAGCAAAGAACCAGACAAACGGAAGAGAAGUCCAACAGAGAGCAUAAAUACACCAGUUGGCAAGGAUCCUGGCCUGGCUGGUCGUGGGGACCCAAAGGCUACAGCACAGCUGAGAGUUCCCCAGCUGGGGCCUCGGGCACCAAGUGCUACAGGAAAGGGUCCUAAGGAACUGGACACCAGAAGUUUAAAGGAAGAGAAUUUUGUAGCAUCUAUUGGGCCUGAAGCAAUCAAACCCAUCUUUGACCUUGGUGAGACAGAGGAGAAGAAGUCCCAGAUCAGCGCAGAUAGCAGUGUGAGUCUGACAUCCGGUUCCCAGAGGACCGACCCAGACUCUGCUGUCAGCGUGAGCCCGGCUGUCAUGAUCCGAAGCUCCAGUCAGGACUCUGAAGUUAGCACCGUGGUGAGUAAUAGUUCUGGAGAGACCCUUGGAGCAGACAGUGACUUGAGCAGCAAUGCAGGCGAUGGACCAGGUGUCGAGGGAAGCACUCACUUGACAAGCUCUCGGGGCACUUUGUCCGAUAGUGAAAUUGAGACCAACUCUGCCACCAGUGCUAUCUUUGGUAAAGCCCACAGCUUAAAGCCGAGCAUAAGGGAGAAGUUGGCGGGCAGCCCGGUUCGCUCUUACGAAGAUGUAAGCCAGCGAGUCUAUCUCUACGAGGGACUCCUAGGAAGGGACAAAGGAUCGAUGUGGGACCAGUUAGAGGAUGCUGCUAUGGAGACCUUUUCUAUGAGCAAAGAGCGUUCUACUUUAUGGGACCAAAUGCAGUUCUGGGAAGAUGCGUUCUUAGAUGCUGUGAUGUUGGAGAGAGAAGGGAUGGGUAUGGACCAGGGUCCCCAGGAAAUGAUAGACAGGUACCUGUCACUGGGAGAACAUGACCGGAAGCGCCUAGAGGAUGACGAAGAUCGUUUGCUGGCCACGCUUUUGCAUAACCUCAUCUCUUAUAUGCUGCUAAUGAAGGUACAGAAGAAUGACAUCCGGAAGAAGGUGAGGCGCCUAAUGGGAAAGUCCCAUAUUGGGCUUGUAUACAGCCAGCAAAUCAAUGAAGUACUUGAUCAGCUGACUAACCUGAAUGGCCGUGAUCUCUCUAUCCGGUCCAGUGGUAGCCGCCACAUGAAGAAGCAGACCUUUGUAGUACAUGCAGGGACAGACACAAAUGGAGAUAUCUUUUUCAUGGAGGUGUGUGACGACUGCGUGGUGCUGCGCAGUAACAUCGGGACCGUGUAUGAGCGCUGGUGGUAUGAGAAGCUCAUCAACAUGACCUACUGUCCCAAGACCAAGGUGCUGUGCUUGUGGCGCAGAAAUGGCUCUGAGACCCAGCUCAACAAAUUCUACACGAAGAAGUGUCGGGAGCUGUACUACUGCGUGAAGGAUAGCAUGGAGCGUGCUGCUGCCCGACAGCAAAGCAUCAAACCUGGGCCUGAACUAGGUGGCGAGUUCCCUGUGCAGGACAUGAAGACUGGUGAGGGUGGCUUGCUGCAGGUCACCCUAGAAGGAAUCAAUCUCAAGUUCAUGCACAACCAGGUUUUCAUAGAGCUGAAUCACAUUAAAAAGUGCAAUACAGUCCGAGGCGUCUUUGUCCUGGAGGAAUUUGUUCCUGAAAUUAAAGAAGUGGUGAGCCACAAGUACAAGACACCGAUGGCCCACGAGAUCUGCUACUCUGUGUUGUGUCUCUUCUCAUACGUGGCUGCGGUUCGUAGCAGUGAGGAAGAUCUCAGAACCCCACCCCGGCCCGUCUCUAGCUGAUAGAGGGGGGUUAAGGCUGCCCCAACGCAGGGGACACCCCUUGCCUCUUGCUGUUCCCAAGUGCACGAUGCUGCUAUGACCAGACGUGGGUGACGUGUGCGUGUCCUUUGCAAGCCCCUCGCGUGGCUUAGUUGGUUCUCAGUUAUGUGUCCCUGUCAGUGUGUUUUAGUGUGUUCAUCACAGGGCCAAGCUAGUCUCUUCUGCCUUUUCCCUGUCACCCCCAGAAGACCAGCCUACUGUUCCCUCAGGGCUCAAGAGUGUGUGUGUGUGUGUGUGUGUGUGUGUGUGGCCAUUGGCUUCUAAGAACUCUUGGAGUAUAGGCCAGUGUGAAUCCACUCUUAUGUGUCCUUGAGACAUUUGUGUUGUGGUUUGGUGUCCUUGGCAUUGUGACCUCCCGGUGCAGGACUCUGGCUCUCUGUCCUCUGUGAUCCAGCACAAGCAGGCGCCUGGAGUAGCCCCAGUCUGUGGGGAGUGAGGGAAGCUUGAGGUUCCCCACCAGGGGUGGGCAGGGAGAGGGAGGGAGAGUCAAGGGGCAGCAGAGUGAGUGGCAGCCUCCUUGCUUACGCAUUUCCUAAGCUGGCAGCUACUGCCCUGGGCCACAGUCCUGCUGCUGCCUAUUAUGGCCUCCACCACUCAGCGGAGCAGCUCUUUGCCUGUGGUCUUCCUUGCCUUAGGCAGAGGAGAACAGAGUGGUUGGGGCCAGGAGACUCCCAGGGACCACUGGGUGCUGUGCCCAGGAACCCAAAGGGGUGGGCAAAGCCAGGUUCAGUAUACACACCUGUGUCUGCCGGCAGCAUCUCCUGGCACUGGGUGCCAGAGGGGGAGAGGGUCUGGGAGUAGGCAAGAAAUGAUUGUACAUAUUUAUUUCAGCUCCACAUUAUUUAUAGAAAAUGUACAGGCGUGUGAAUGUGAAAUAAAUGUCCUUAACUCUC